CGUGCUCGAGGAGCGCUCCUCCUCCCGCUAGUUAGUGUGCUGCUGUCCCUGCUCCUCCUCCUCCCUCUCGAAGAAGACUUUCUGUGUCUUCCGAGAGUUACUCUUUCGUAGAAGUAACAUCCCGGUCCAUCCUGGUUUUCUACAUCUUCGUCGGAGUGGAGUUCUUCUUUGUCUGUUAGCACCCCCACCUCCUCCACCUUGGAGAGUUACUCUUUCGUAGAAAUAACAUCCCGGUCCAUCCUGGUUUUCUACAUCUUCGUCGGAGUGGAGUUCUUCUUUGUCUGUUAGCACCCCCACCUCCUCCACCUUGCUUUCGGGGUUCCUUCUGUUUUUGCAUCCUUCGCACCCGACUAUUCUUCUCUUCUCACUCUCUCUCGCUCUCUCUCUCUCUUUCCUGUGCUUUGUUGGAUUCCCAGUCCCCCUCUGCCUCACCAUGUCUUGUCUGCUCUGCUCUGUUUUUGCUUUCCAUUUGCAUCAUAUUUUUGUUCCCUCUUUCGAUGCGUAGCGUAUUCCUCAUCUCGGAAGCCACGUUGCAGGGCUUCUGCAAGAGAUGCUGAAGACAGCUAGGACUGGCAAGGCAUCAGCUGAAUGGAAGGUGCUUAUAAUGGACGAAGUGACAGUUAAAGUGAUGUCAUGCUCAUGCAAGAUGGCCGACAUUACAGAUGAAGGGAUCUCGUUGGUAGAGGAUUUGAACAAACGCAGGCAACCCCUACCUGCUCUCGAAUCAGUCUACUUUAUACAGCCAUCUCAUGACAGUGUUCGAAAAUUUAUGCUGGACAUGUCAGGGAAAACACCUCUGUAUAAAAAAGCAUAUGUGUUUUUCAGUUCACCGAUUAAUCGCAAUCUGCUUCAACAAAUCAAGGGUGACCAUUCUGUUUUGUCCCGAAUUGCAGCACUUAGAGAGAUGAAUUUGGAGUACCUGACCAUUGACACACAGGGCUUUACAACCGAUAACGAUUCUGCCUUAGAGCAGUUGUUUGGAGAGCACACCGAGAGUACACGAGACUAUGACGCUUGCAUUGAGACUAUUGCUGCUCGACUGUCGACUGUAUUUGCAUCCUUGAAGGAGUUUCCAUAUGUGAGAUACCGUGCUCCUAGGUCAGCUAUGGAUGCCUCUACGGCCACAACAGCUCGUGAAUUAGUACCAACAAAGGUAGCUGCUGUGUUGUGGGAUAAGCUGAUGAAGUACAAAGCAUCCUUACUCAAUUUUCCUCAAUCGGAGACCUGCGACCUCAUCAUUGUUGAUAGAUCAAUUGACCCAGUGACUCCGGUUAUACAUGAGUGGUCGUAUGAUGCAAUGUGCCAUGAUCUUUUGAAUUUAGAAGGCAACAAGUAUUCUUACGAGAUAUCGAUUGAUGGCAAGAGGGAGCGCAAGGAGGUGUUACUGGAGGAGCACGAUCCUGUUUGGGUGGAAGUGCGCGAUCUCUUCAUUGCUGAUGCAAGCAAGCGAAUUGCGGAUAAAAUGGCUUAUUUUACCAGCAAAAAUAAAGCUGCUUCACUGCAACUGGGUGCGAGGGAGGGUCAGGUACUUUCAACAAGGGACAUGAAGCAAUUGGUGCAGGCACUUCCCCAAUAUCGGGAUCAAAUUGACAAGCUUAGCCUUCACGUGAAUAUUGCUUCUACGCUUAAUAACAAGAUUAUACAAGAGGGGUUGGCGGACAUAGGCAAUCUGGAGCAAGAAUUUGUCUACGGCGAUGCUACUACCAAGGAACUCAUCGGCAUACUCAAUAAUAAUCCGGAGAUGAGUGCAGAAUGCAAGUUACGUCUUCUAAUGAUCUUUGCAGCUACUCGUCCAGAGAAGCUAGACGCAAAUAAGCGGAAGCAAUGGCAGCAGCUAGCGAAGUUGAGUGAUGAGGAUAUGAAUGCUGUAAAUAAUUUGGAGCUCUUGGGGAUUCAAGCGCCAAAAAAACAAACAUCAUCUGGAGUCGAAAAGUUUGCUUUGAAGUUUGGGGCUAGGAAGGCUAAACGACCUGCAAGAAAAGCAAAAGAGUUGGAUGAAGAUGGCUAUACACUUUCAAAAUUUUAUCCACUACUUCAGGAUGUGGUGGAGGAAAUCGAUAAGGAUAGUCUUUCUAGAGAGGAGUAUCCUUAUGUUAAGGACCCUGCUGGCAACAGCCUCAAUUCUUCCUCGUCUCCCUCGACACGCCCACCUGCAAAUCCCAACUCCAAACCUGUACAGUCUAGACGCACUGUCGGCAAAACUGGGGGUACUACAUGGGCAUCGAAAGGCAGGGCAUCGUCUGAAGAAGGAUACUCAAGCGACUCGGUAUUGAGGCAUGCCGUCAGUGAUCCUAAAAUCAAUGGAAAGCGCAUAUUUUUGUUCGUUAUAGGAGGCAUGACAAGAUCUGAGCUACGAGUAGCUCACAAACUGACCCCGCAGUUGAAGCGAGAAGUUGUAAUUGGUUCCACGAAUAUUGAUGAUCCACAUCAGUUCAUCCGGAAAAUGAAGAACUUGGGCAAAUUAGAGAUGGACGACUUUUGAUGUGAAGGAGCACGAAGGAAUUUUUGGUACCUGGUAUUGCAAAGUUAUAGAUGCAUUUUUCCUAUAGCUGUAAUUUGCUCUUGAUGAAUUCGGGAGGCAUGUUAAGGUUCUGUUCAGCACUAUUCUUGAAAUUAUCACCCUGAGCCAUCACAGGUUGAUAUUUGGGCACGAGUAUCUCUCUUGUGACAUGGAGUUACCAUGGUGCUCAUGUUGGGUUGUCAAAUGUGUGUUCCAUUUGGCAUGAAAUGAAAUUGUCCUGGGUUUGGGUGCAUUUAAUUCAUGUUAAGUUAUGAGCUUUCUUGAUUGGGUUCUUGACGAUGAAUUAAAUGUAGUUUUCAAACCUCAUUUCUUAAA